ACUGGAGUAGUAGACCAUUUGUGACUGCAGCUCUGGAUGUGACUGGAGACAGGCUGCAGCUCUCUGACUGGAGUGUUACUGGAGGAAUGUGAUCAGAGGAAUUCUUCAGGUUUGGUGUACAGUGGGGGAGGGGAGCGUCCGGGGCGAGCCGGGUGUGAUGAUGCUGGAUACAAAGUAUCACCUGUAGUCCUAGAGGGCGGGCACAGACAGACAGCAGCAGCGGCCGCCGCCCGGGGAAGGUCUUCAGAACCACGCGGCGAGGUCCAGCGAGCAAUGCCCAGGAUCAACCAGCGGGGCCACCCACCAAGUGCCGCAGGUACCACCGGUCGAUGGAGAAGCUUCUGCAGGAUUACUGACCGAAUCAACUGCCUCCUCCAUCUUCACCGACUGUCUCUACAUCAACUUCUACAAUAGUUCCUUCAGCCACAACCUCCAUCUCCAAGGACUAUCUUUAGAACCACAUUCUCCAUCUCCACCUAUAGUUCCUUCAACCACAACCUCCUCCAGGACUUUCCUUAAAUCUAGAUCUAGCAUCUCCAAGCACUGCCUCUACAACCACAUCCUCCAUCUCCAAGGACUGUCCCCGGAACCACAUCUUCCAUCUCCAAGAACUAUCUCUAGAAGCACACUCUCCAUCUCUAAGGACUGUGCCUAGAACCACAUCCUCCAUCUCCAAGAACUAUCUCUAGAAGCACACUCUCCAUCUCUAAGGACUGUGCCUAGAACCACAUCCUCCAAGAACUAUCCCUUCAAAUCAAUCCUCCAUUUCCACGGAUUGCUCCACCCGUCUCCAGGAUGAAUUUCCGCAACCUGAUAUCUCCACUGAUCAUCAUACGUUUCUUCCAGAUCUUCCUUUCCUGCACGGCAUUCAGUUUGGUGGCCAGUGUAGACUCAUACCAUACCCAAUAUGGUGUCUGGAGUAUGUUCACGUGGAUCUUGGCCUUCAUCAUGACCAUCUUAAUAGUUGUUCUGGAGUUGACUGGAUUCUACAACGCCAUCCCCAUAUCUUGGGAGGACUUCACCUCUGCUUUCUCCAUGUUGGCCUCGUUGAUGCUCUUCACCACCUCCAUCAUGUAUCCUUCAGUCUUCCUACAUGGCGGGUGCAGUGGACACAUCUGCGCUUGUCGCGGGGCCGCCACUGCCAUGUCUAUCCUGUGUUUCUUUGCUUAUGCCAUUGAGGUGGGCCUCACACGUGCGAAACCUGGGGAGAUAAGUGGAUUUCUGUCCACCGUGCCGGGACUCUUGAAGGUCUUUGAGACCUACGUGGCCUGCAUCAUCUUCUCCCUUCUUCCGGGAUUUUACCCGUAUCCUGGGCUCCAGUGGUCCGUGGCGGUCUACUCCAUCUGCUUCAUCAUCACGGCGCUCAUCAUUUUGCUCACCAUUGGUCGCCUCUUGGCAAUGUUGCCUGUGAAUAUUGAGAAGGUCCUCAUUGGUUUCAACAUUUUGGCGGUGGCGAUGUACCUCACCGUGGUGGUUAUAUGGCCGCUGUAUUAUUUCAAGUUGAUUUUAAACGGGCCUGCACGGGACAAUGGAAUUGGCAUCACGGUCCUGACCUGCAUUAACUUUUUGGCGUAUGUCGUGGACUUGGCGUAUUCCUGCAGGAUGGUUUUCUUUACGGUCCAAGCCUAGACUCCAGAAUUACAGAGAGACCUAAGAACAUGGACGUCCUAGUCUAAGGGCGGGGAAGACGACAGACGCUAAUAAGAUCAUGUGUGUACACUGAUGUAGCAGAGCUGAAUCUGUUGUUAAACCUUCUGAAGGUGGACACACAGAACCAUAGAAAUCACUGGAACAAUAGAGGUUGUUGUCCCAGGCUGGGCCCCGACUCUUAAGGGCCCACAGAUACGAACAUAUGGGAUUUUUGAAACUGAAAACAAAACUGCCUUUGUUCCCCAUAGCAACCAAUCACAGCGCAGCUUUCAUUUCAUACUCUGCUCUUGGAAAAUGAAAGCGGUGCUGUGAUUGGCUGCUGUGGGCAACAAAGACAGGCUUCUUCCUGCCCCUGUAUGUUGGUAUAUGACACGAUCACAUAGUCAUACUAUACCAUACACACUAUAGAGGUCCUAAACUCAGCUCUGCUACAUCUGUACACAGAGCUGUCUUUAUACAUUUGCUUGUGGGUACAGUAAAUGUAGAAAUGUAAUAUUUAUGCGCUUCCUAAAACUUAAGGGGGUUGUCCAGGGUCAGAAAAACAUGGCUGCUUUCUUCCAAAUAACAGCGCCACACCUAUCCUCAGGUUGGGCGUGGUAUUGCAGUGAAUGGCGCUAAACUGCAAUUCCAGACAACACCUGCGGGCUCAAGUGGCGCUGUAUCGGGGUGAAAGCGGCCAACCUUUCCUAAGCUUGGACAACCCCUUUAAAAGCACGUUAGUCAGAUUUAACCCACUGAAACCCACAAAAUAUUAGCCCUAAUCACAGCACAAAGGCAUGGCGAUGAACAGAGAUUUACAUUACUUUAAGGCUUUAUACAAUUAUAUAUAUUUUUUUAAAUAUAAGAUUAUUUUUUGUAUGUUGGCAUUGUAGUGUGGGAACGCGGGCGUAUGCGGGGCGGCUUACCCGAUUAAACAAUAGUAUUUACCUGAUUAAACAAUAGUAUUUACCUGAAGCAUAUUAUCAUCUGUAUACCAGUCGAUUUUGUGGCAGAAAACAUUUCAGAAAAAUGUUAAAAAACCAAAAUAUUAAAAAAAAUAUAUAAAUUCCAGACAAAUUAUAAAUUUGGUCAAAUUCCUCUUAAUCCGGCACCCACAGGACUUAUCGAGGGGGCGGAUUACUGGAUUAUUGGACAGUGUAUGAAACCUUAUAGUCUUCGGACCGCUCAGCGUUGGACACCACCAGGUUCCAGAUGGAAGGAAUUUCCCGGAUGUGUUUGUCAUUGCGACAUUAAAAUGCUUUG